ACCAGGAGAGCACAAAACUCAAAUUUUCCAAAUCUCAUGAUGAAUGUCAUCGACAAUUUCCUGAGUGACGGUGACAACAGCAUGAGAGAUUUAGCCGACCUUCUGAGUGCAAGGAGCGUGGAUUAUACUAAAGUCACUACUGCUGCUCAUCUGAUCAAAGGAGGUGGCAACAGCCUUGGUGGUUGCCGGGUUGUUGCAGCAGCUCGUGCUCUUAUAAAUGCCAGCCUUAUUCAGGACAAGCAAAGUUGCGAGACAUCGUAUGAAUGGGUGGUGAAUGAGUACUACCACUUUCGCGACAAACUCAGAACCCUAUAUCAGAUGGAGAGGGCAAUCGCCCACAGCGAGUCCAGAAGGAGAGGAUAAAAGCUGUUGGUGUUUUGCUCAGUUGAGUAUACAGAUGAGAAGAUUUCAUCUGUCCAUGGGAAAGUUGUUUAUGAAGUUCCUCCUAUGUAUAAAUUAGUAGAGACCAAGUGCUUUCUUUUGGCUUUUGGACCAUUCACCUAAGUAUUUUGUAUGUUUUUUAAGUGCAUGAAUAGUAGUUGAAUCUGGGAUGAUAACUUUUCAAAUUUCCUUGCUAAAAGCAUAUCUGUGCCAGUUUCAUCAAUUUCUAUGCUUGUUGAGGUUCUUGAUUUAGUAAUCGCUUGAUGAAUUGAUUCCCAGUACUGGAUGAUCAACCAUGUAUUGAAUCUAAUGAGAAAAUCCUGCUUGAGUGCCCACCAUUGCGCAUGUUCACAAAGAAAACGAGUGUUUUGUGU